AUGAGCAUCACAUUUACCGUUGCUUGGUUACUCAUUUGUUUACACUUUUUAUUUUGCCUUUGAAAGAAACUAUGGACCUUAUAAAGGAAAUUAAUGAGAAAUAUAUGGCACUGGAGUCGGAAAUCGAUCAGAAACUGGAUAAAGUCCACGCUGAGGAGCUGAAGCUGGAGCGUGAGAACGAGAAGCUGGCCAAGAUAUCGAUACAUCCGCCGCCACCCAAGGUGCUGUCCUACGAAGAGGCACUACUAAGGAACACAAACACACUCAAGUCGCUGGAACUGGCAAAGGCUCGUCUGAGGUCACGCAUUACCUACUCGCCGGUGGAGAAACUGCUGCAGCAGGCGCUAGACAACUACAGAAAGGAGCUAGUAUCGCUGCAGGCAAAGAAUGAAGUGGCCAACGAGGCAGCGGAGGAGCAAAACCUUUACGAGCUGGUCAUGCAGAAUGUAUUCGAGGCCAGCGGCAAAGGAAGCGACAAGAAACAGAGUCUGGCUCAUAUGAAACUCUAGCUGUAGAUGACUGAUAUAUAAGUAGAUAUAUAUAAAAUAUAUAUACUCGCACAA